CGUUCUACUGCAUUUUGCGCAUUUGCAGUUGUUUGCCCCUAGGGCCAAACUUGUUCUAGCAACAUCGGAUACGCCGUGACUUUUUCCAAGUGUCUCUGUUGUGAGUAGGCUAGUGGUCAGCGGUGAUGAUGAUGAGACGCGGGAAGGGACCUGCAGGUGCUGUGCUCUUGCUCCUGUUGUGCCUGCUGCAGCUCCUGCGCGCCUCUGAGGAGAUAACACGCGCCAAACUAACUGUCACCGAGAUUCAAUACCAAAAUGGUUCCACCUGGAACCCUGAGAGUCUUCCCCAGCUGAGUCUGUCCACAGUCCAGUUCUCUCCACCCACACCCUCCACUCUCGGGUUCUCUCCAUCACAAGGCUCCUGUUCUGCCUGCGUCCAUGUACGUGUCAGAAUGAAAGCGUCAGACUUCACUGGGACACUGACCAUUAAAUACCGGGAGCUGUCAACUACAACUCGCAGAGCCAUCUCCAUAAAGAAUGGAGUCAAUAAUGACACUUUACAGUGGAGUGACUUGUAUCGACCCAUCGUAGUUGGAAAGACCAACAUUAAUCGCUUACAUCUCCAUGACAUUGGCCAUACGAUUUUGUGGGAGUUGGUAUAUGACUGUUUCCCGGCUGACGCAGGGCGAGAGGUGUAUGUGUCUUUGUCCUCUAAACCACCGAGACAACACAGGUACAUCGUCCAGGAGGACAUCUGUCCAGAUCCAGUACCGGAGUUUGACCUGUCUGUGGAUGAGCUGGCUCGAUCCCUCACUGUAACGGUAGCAACUGGAGACCAUAUAUACCAACCGGCUCUCUCAUCUGUUGUAUACACCAGGUUGUGCUACAGACACACAGACGCAGAAUGCUCCAAUCUUUCUGAUCUUAUUACUAUUUACACCAAUCAGUUUCUGUCAGUGACUCUCAGGUUCCCCUACCUGCUGCCCUGUGUCUGUGUACAGGUAUAUUACACACACUUGGACGCAAGGCGAACCACAGUUUGCCCGUUUGUGAAUGGCUCAUUAGAUGGGGGCAGAGACGUGUGGCGCUCCAGUAAUGUGACUCUGUAUGGUGAGUUGGGUUCGAGCAUGGCCUGGAGUGCCCUGUGUCCUGCUGCUUACCUGAAGCCCUCUGCCUCCCUCUGCUGGCGACACCAGAGAAACACACCCCACUGCACUCCCAUCCUCAACUCCACACUGGAGGACAUAGAGCAGAAGGGAGAUCUGAAAUAUAAUGUUUCUGCUGUGGAUAAACACCCUCAGAUGUGUGUGCAGUUUUCCUUUAGAGGCAACCAUGAUGUCCACUGUCCAUUCCCUCCAGGUAUGUCUAAGUGGGAGGCAUAUGUUGGUCCUGGUUCACAAAGUCUCUGUGUCUAUCUCACCUCCACUAUCCCAGCAUCCUUUGCUGCACAACUCUGUGUCCGGCAGGAGAAGGGAUGUGUGUCCAGAGGAGCUAUAUACUUAAUAAACAUCGGUGGGGGCACCAGAGAGACACAGCUGAACCUGCCUUUAUCAUCCCUGACUCAGGGUCUAUGUGUGCAGGUCUGGCGGUCAGAUCCUGCACAGUAUGGGAGGAGACUACUGUGUCCUGACUAUUCUAACAGGAGAUGGGGUCUCUAUGCUGUUGCAGCCUUGACACUUCUGGUUACUGUGGCAACGCUGGGAAGCCUCAUCCACUAUGUGACCAAGAAGGGAGUCACAGGUUGGCUAUUCAUCCAGAGGCCUGUGUUGUUGGUAUGUUCCUCAGAGCAGUCAGCCCAUGUAUCUGCCGUGUGCGCUUUGGCCUCCUUCCUACAGGGGGAGUUGUGUGCUGAAGUGCGCAUGGCUUUGUGGGCCCAGAGCUCCAUUGGGGCUGGUCCUGGGGCUGUGGAGAGGUCUUGGGCUGGGGUGGCUGAACUGGGCCCUGUGCCCUGGCUGUAUGGACAGUGGGAGGCAGUUAGAGAGGCAGGAGGCCAGAUGCUGAUCGUAUGGAGCGCAGAGGCUAAGGAGUCUUACAGGAGCUGGAGAGAAGAGAGGGAGGGAGGGGAUAGGAGAGAGGGGGAAAAGACAGGAGGGAGUAAAGGAGAGGAGAUGCAACGAGGGGAAAGGGGAGGAGAAGAGAUGGAAGGACUUGAGAAAACAAGAGGGGAACAGGAGCAAGCAGGAAUGAAGAAAGGAGGGGAAUGGAAAGAGGAGAGUAGGAGCGGAGAGGAGAGAGAGCCCUCUUCAGUGACAGGGCCAGUGUUCAGGGCUGCCCUGUCCUGUCUGCAGGGGGCACUAGAGGGGGAAGGCAGGGUCCACGGCUUCACCAUUGUCUACUUCCAGGGCCUCUGUCACAGCCGAGACAUCCCCAAGGACCUCAGAGGAGUCCCGCGCUACUGCCUGCCUCAGGAUUUCGGAGGCCUGAUACGUGAGCUGGGCAGGACCGCUAGAGGGAGGAACAGUGUGAUUGGCAGCUGGGACUGUUCCUCUCCAAUACACUGUCACUUUGGUUGGCACGACGACUAACUCACAGGCUCAGAGUGUCGUUGUCACAGGAAGAGGAGGGGCUAAAACCGAAAUCAUCACAGGAAGUGAUAUCAGAGAGGACACUGAACAGGCAUGUGUUGCCGUUGUCAACUAAUGAGGAGAGGACAGAGCCAAGCACUUUGCGGAGAAGUAGUUGCUCAGCGGGUCACCAUGGUGAUGAGGCAGGGCAUCUCAGGUUUCACCUUUUUACAGGGGCCAGACUUUUGUCUUGACUGUAACAUGAGGCAGAGCACAUGGGAACACAUGGCACAGCUAACAGAACUAAAGGAGGAGGAGGAACACAUGGCACAGCUAACAGCAGUGAAGGAGGAGGGAGAGACACACAUGGCACAACUAACAGCACUGAAGGAGGAGGAGGAACAGAUGGCACAGCUAACAGAACUAAAGGAGGAGGAGGAACACAUGGCACAGCUAACAGAACUAAAGGAGGAGGAGGAACACAUGGCACAGCUAACAGCACUGAAGGAGGAGGUGAGAAAGCUGAGGUGUGACAGAGAGCAGGACACUCCCCCAGAGUAGCCAGCAGAACAGCCCACCUCAAGCACGGACCCAGACCACAACCUCAACACCACAAUGGGACAGAAAACACAGGACCCACAAACUCAACAGACCUCACCCCCUCCUAACAGCCCCCCUGUCAGCUCCCCCGAUAGCUCUCCUGACAACCCCCACACAUCCACUGAGGACACACAAAAGCCAGAAAUUGUGCUCCUCAUUGACUCAAAUGGCAAAUACAUUCAAGAGAAUAAACUUUUUCCCAAACACAAAGUGGCUCAACUCUGGUGCCCAAACACUAGGCAUGCCCUGGAGCUGUUGUCAGAGGACAGACUAGGGUCCCCCAGCCACAUUAUAAUUUACACGGGCACAAACGACCUGAGGGCCCAGCAGGAAAGUGUGGCCACAGCACUCAAGAGAGUGAUUGAAAAA